AUGCUGCGCUCCAACGUGCUCCGCGCCGCCGCCCGCUCGGCUCCCUCGGUCGCUCGCCCUACCCUCCGCGCGCCCAAGCUCGCCCAAGCUGUGUGCGCCCAGCAGCAGUCCCGCCAGGCCCACGCCAUCUCGAACCCGACUCUGGCCGACAUUGAGAAGCGAUGGGAGCAGAUGCCGCCCCAGGAGCAGGCCGACCUCUGGAUGGCCCUGAGGGACCGCAUGAAGGUUGACUGGAAGGAGCUCACCCCGCAGGAGAAGAAGGCCGCCUACUGGAUCGCCUUUGGCCCCCACGGUCCCCGCGCUCUUGCCCCGCCCGACGAGACCAAGAAGGUCAUCCUCUACACGCUGCUCGGCGUCGCUGUCGCCGGUGGUCUGUUCGCCUUCACUCGCAUCUUCGCUGGCGGAGAGCCCAAGACGAUGACCAAGGAGUACCAGGAGGCUUCCGAGGAGUUCCUCAAGGCACAAGGUUCCGAGCCUAUUACCGGCUACAAGGGUAUGCUCAUCCAGAGCAAGCCGGGUCCCAAGGAGUAA